AUGGUUAAUAACUGCAAAUUACUUGAUCAAUUUGAUCCGAAUCCUGUUCAAUACGUUGGAAAAUAUUCUAGACGAUGCUCGGAAAUAUCAUUACCUUCCUCGCAAAGUGAAGACGAAGAUCGAGAUUUACAAUCACGUUCUCGGAAGAUUUCCUGUCGUUCACCUUACUUUCUGCGUAAAACUCCACGUUACCAACCUAACCCCAAGAGAAUGAAACAAAAUUCAGAAAAGAUGAUAAAUCAACCUGAUGAUUGUUCAAGUUCAAUAGUGAGAGAUGAUAUUAUAAGGAAAAUGUCCAUUUGUUUAUCUUUUUAUGGGAAUUUUGUUCUGAUUCCUGCAGUCGAAAAGACACUGAAGAAAAUCAAUGGUCAAAGAUUUACUUAUUGGUACGAAAUGAUGCAAUUUAUUGAUUNUCGCUCCUAA